AUGACCAAUUUACCAAUUAGAUUUCAAGAAGUUCUCCAACUUACAAAUUUAGGUAUUGGAUCCAAUUCAAUUGGUUUUUCAACCUUAACAAUGGAGAGUGAAAAAUACAUUUGUAUUCGUGAAACUACACCAGAUGAUAAAAAUAAUGUUGUAAUUAUUGAUACUGACAAUCCAUCACAAAUUCUUAGAAAACAAAUGAAAACAGAUGCUGCAAUUAUGAAUCCAAAAGAACCAAUUUUAGCAUUAAAAAUUGGACAAGUUUUACAAUUAAUUUCAAUUGAACAAAAAAUGCAAUUAAAAUCAUGUCAAAUGCAAGAACCAUUAGAAUUUUGGAAAUGGAUAUCACCAAAUACAUUAGCAUUAGUUACAGCAACAUCUGUAUUUCAUUGGACAAAAGAAGGUAAUUCAGAUCCAGUUAAAGUUUUUGAUCGUCAUCCAGAUUUACAAAAUACAGAGAUUAUAAACUAUCGUUCAGAUAGCACACAAAAUUGGUUAGUUUUAGUAGCAAUUCAUCAAAGAGAUGGACGUGUAGUUGGUCGUAUUCAAUUAUACUCUGUAGAGAAACAAAUCAGUCAAUCCAUUGAAGGUCAUGCAGCAUGUUUUGCCAACUACAUUGUACCAGGUGCAACUAGACCAUCAACAUUGUUUGCAAUUUCAUCACGUACUCAAAAUGCAUCAAAGAUAUUGGUAUUGGAGGUUAGUAAAGGUGAUGGACCAAACUUCCAAAAACGUGCCUCUGACGUUUUCUACCCACCAGAGAUUGGUGCUUCCGAUUUCCCAGUGGCAAUGCAAGUCUCUGAAAAGUAUGAAGUCAUCUAUAUGGUCACUAAAUUGGGUUACAUUCAUCUCUUUGAUUUGGGUACAGCAAAUCUCAUCUACAGAAAUCGUAUUAGCAAUGAAAAUAUAUUUGUAACUGCUUUCGAAGAGAGCACCAACGGUAUCAUUGCCGUCAAUAGAAAGGGUCAAGUCUUAUCGGUUUCAAUCGAUGACAAAAACAUCAUUCCAUACAUUUGCAAUACACUCAACAAUUUAGAGUUGGCCAUUUCAAUGGCUUGUAAAAACAAUUUACCAGGUGCUGAAGGUUUACUCACCACUCAAUUCGAACGUUAUUUCCAACAAGGUCAAUAUAAAGAGGCCGCCAAAGUUGCUGCAGAUUCACCUGGCUCUAUCUUGCGUAACCUUCAAACCAUUCAAAAGUUCCAAUCCAUUCCACCAAUUCCAGAUCAACCAUCUGCUCUCCUUCAAUACUUUGGUAUGUUAUUAGAAAAGGGUAAACUCAAUAAAGUUGAAUCCCUCGAAUUGGUUCGUCCAGUUUUAGCUCAAGGUAAAAAACCAAUCCUUGAGAAAUGGUUAACUGAAGACAAAUUAGAAUGUUCCGAACAAUUGGGUGAUGAAGUUCGUCCACAUGAUCGUAAAUUAGCACUUUCAAUCUAUUAUCGUGCAAAUGCCUCUGAUAAAGUGAUCACUUUAUUCGCUGAAACUGGUGAAUUCGACAAAAUCAUCGCCUACUGUAAGAAAUUCAAUUAUAAACCAGACUUUAUGUUCUUACUUCAACGUAUGGCAAAUGCUAAUCCAAUGGGUGCCGCAGAUUUCGCCGUUAAAUUGGUUAAAGAAGAAGGUGGUCCAUACAUUGAUGCCAAUCAAGUCGUUGAACUUUUCUCUGCUCGUAAUAUGAUUCAAGAAACUAGUAACUUCCUCUUUGCCAUUCUCGAUGGUGAUCGUCCACAAGAUGCAAACCUUCAAACCAAACUCUUGGAGAUCAAUCUCUUACAUGCACCACAAAACGCCGAUGCCAUUAUGGGUGGUCAAAAGUUUACACAUUACAAUCGUCUUAGAAUCGGUGGUCUUUGCGAAAAAGCUGGUCUCUAUCAACGUGCCCUCGAACAUUACACUGAUCUCGCCGAUAUUAAAAGAGUUUUAUCUCAUGCUGGUCAUAUGGUGAAUCAAGAGUUUUUGGUUAGUUAUUUUGGUUCCCUCAAUCCAGAGGAUCGUAUGGAAUGUAUGCGUGAUUUCCUUCGUACCAACCCACGUCAAAAUCUUCAAUUGGUUGUUGCAAUCGCCGUUUCAUACAGUGACCAAAUCACUCCAGAAGCAAUCAUUGCCAUGUUUGAAUCUUUCCGUCUCUAUGAGGGUCUUUAUCUCUACUUAACUCAAGUCGUCGUAACCAGUACCUCACCAGAGGUUCAUUUUAAAUACAUUGAAGCCGCCGCUAAAAUCAAUCAAUUCAAAGAGGUCGAACGUAUGUGUCGUGAUUCAAACUACUAUGAUCCAGAAAAGACUCGUGACUUUUUAAAGGAAGCUAAAUUACCAGAUCAAUUACCAUUGAUCAUUGUUUGUGAUCGUUACGAAUUCAUCUCUGAUCUUACCAACUAUCUCUACAAAAACAAUCUCUCCAAAUAUAUCGAAGCCUACGUUCAAAAGAUUAAUCCAGUCAAUACACCAUUGGUUGUAGGUGCACUUUUGGAUUUAGAUUGUCAAGAGGACUAUUUACGUAAUCUCAUUAUGAGUGUUAGAAAUAUGUGUCCAGCCGAUUCUUUAGUUGAACAAGUUGAAAAGAGAAAUCGUUUGAAACUUUUACUUCCAUGGUUAGAGGCAAGAGUUGCCGAAGGUAACAUUGAACCAGCCAUUCACAACGCUUUGGCCAAGAUUUACAUUGAUUCCAAUAAGAAUCCAGAAGCUUUCCUCUUACACAAUCAAUUCUAUGAUAGUAAAGUCGUUGGUAAAUAUUGUGAAAAACGUGAUCCAUACCUUUCAUUCGUUGCCUACAAACGUGGUUUAUGUGAUUAUGAAUUGAUUGAAGUCACCAAUAAGAAUACCCUCUUCAAGAAUCAAGCACGUUAUCUUGUUGAACGUCAAGAUCCAGAUCUUUGGGCUUACGUUUUAUCCGAUCAAAAUGAAUACAAGAGAUCUCUCAUUGAUCAAGUCGUUCAAACCGCUCUCCCAGAAUCAACCAAUGCCACCGAAGUUUCUGCAACUGUCAAGGCUUUCAUGGAUGCAAACUUACCAAAUGAAUUGAUUGAAUUACUUGAAAAGAUUGUUCUCGAAGGUAAAGAAUUCAAAACUGCCAAAGAACUCCAAAAUCUUUUAAUUCUCACUGCUAUUCGUGCCGACAAGAGUCGUGUCACUGAUUACAUUAAUCGUUUAGAUAACUUUGAUGGUUCAAAAUUAGCACCAAUCGCCAUUGAAUCUCAACUCUACGAAGAAGCCUUCUUUAUGUACAAGAAAUUCCAAUUCAAUGUUGAAGCUAUCGAUGUUUUAAUCACUCAUAUUGGUUCAAUUGAAAGAGCUCAUGAUUUCGCUGAACGUUGUAAUCAAACCGAGGUUUACAGUAAAUUGGGUGUUGCUCAAUUGAAAGCAGAAAUGGUCAAAGAAUGUAUUGAAUCAUUCAUUAAAGCCAAUGAUACUGAACAUUAUCAAGAGGUUGUCGCUGCCGCUGAAAGAAAAGAUGAAUAUGAAGAUUUGGUUAAAUUCCUUCAAAUGUGUCGUAAGAAGAUUAAAGAACCAGCCAUUGAAAGUGAAUUGAUCUUUGCUUAUGCUAAAGUUAACAAAUUGGCCGAAAUGGAAGAUUUCAUCAACUCACCAAACUCUGCUCACAUUCAAGUCGUUGGUGAUCGUUGUUUCGAAAAUGGUCUCUAUGAAGCUGCCAAAGUACUCUAUACCAAUAUUUCCAACUUUUCACGUCUUACCAGUUGUCUCGUCAAAUUAGGUCAAUAUCAAGCUGCCGUCGAUGCUGCACGUAAAGCCAACUCCACCAAAACUUGGAAAGAAGUUAGUGCUGCUUGCAUCGAUGCCAAGGAAUUCCGUUUGGCACAAGUUUGUGGUAUCAAUAUCAUUGUACAUGGUGAUGAACUUGAAGAAUUAAUUCGUCAAUAUGAAGAUCGUGGUUAUUUCAAUGAAUUAAUUUCCCUCUUAGAGAGUGGUCUUGCCUCUGAACGUGCUCAUGUUGGUAUGUUCACCGAAUUGGCUAUUCUCUACUCUAAAUACAAAGAGGAGAAAUUAAUGGAACACUUAAAACUUUUCUACAGUCGUCUCAAUGUUCCAAAGGUUAUCAAAGCUUGUCAAGCCAAUCAACAAUGGCCACAACUCACCUACUUAUACAUUCAUUACGAUGAACAUGAUAAUGCCAUUCAAACCAUGAUCAAUCAUUCCAUUGAAGCUUGGGAUCAUGUUCUCUUUAAAGAAACCAUUCCAAAGGUUGCCAAAUUGGAUCUCUACUAUAGCGCCAUCUCAUUCUAUUUAGAGGAACAACCAUUACUCAUCAAUGAUCUCUUAUCGGUUUUAUCACCACGUAUCGAUCAUACUCGUGCCGUCACUUUAAUUCGUUCAUUAGGUCAUCUCCCAUUGGUUAAGCCAUACUUGGUAUCUGCUCAAGAUCAAAAUGUAGCCGCUCUCAAUGAAGCUCUCAAUGAAUUAUACGUCGAAGAAGAGGAUUAUGAAUCCUUGAGAUCCUCAAUCGAUGCCAACUCCAACUUUGGCACCAUUGCUCUCGCUCAAAAACUUGAAAAACAUGAACUCCUCGAAUUCCGUAGAAUCGCCGCCUAUUUGUACAAAAAGAAUAAUCGUUGGGCUCAAUCAGUUGAACUCUCUAAAAAAGAUAAACUCUACAAAGAUGCCAUUCAAUCUGCCUCAGACUCAAAGAAUCCAGCCAUUGGCGAAGAACUUUUACAAUACUUUGUUGAUCAACAAAAUAAUAGUGCCUUUGCUGCUUGUCUUUACACUUGUUACGACUUUUUGAAACCAGAUGCUGUCAUCGAAUUGGCUUGGAGAAAUAAUAUCCUCAAUUACUCAUUCCCAUAUCUCAUUCAAUACGUUAAAGAAUAUACAACCAAAGUUGAUCAAUUGGUCGAUGAUUUCAAAGCUCGUCAAAAGAAAACUGAAGAAGAAAAAGAACAACAAAAUAUUGAAUCCUCUCAAUAUCAACCAGAUCUUACUAACCUCUCAUAUGGUUACGCAGCCACUGGUGGUAUGUUAGCUCUUCCACCAGCUGUAGGAUAUCAACAACAACAACAACCACAACAAAUGUAUAAUCCAAAUCAAAUGAUGGGUGGUUUCCAACAAAAUUAUAAUCAAUAUGGUGGUUUUUAA